AUGAGCUCAGUUCAAGAUACCAUUGAGUCGUUUGAGAGUCGGUUACAACGUCUUGAAGAUGCUCUAGGUGAUGCUGGCGGUGUCGAUUUGUAUGGGUUAGUUUCAUUGCUGUCUUUUGAGGUGCGUAGCAUGUUCUAUCAAGGUCAGGAUUAUAGCGAGCAACUGAUGGGAUUACUAGAUGGAUUUAGUGGGAAUGAGACUGUAGAUGAGUUUGAAAAGAAAUCGAGGGUUCUCAUGAGCUGCUAUGAUGGGCUAACGAAAUCUUUGAGAUGGUUGGAUCAAUUGGAGUCAUUUAUGAGUAAAUUGGGAACCAAGAUGGAGACGGGAUCAGGAGCACCUGUGGAAUUGAAUGCCGUGAUGGAACUACCAGCUUUGAUGAACAAAUGUCAUGUCUUAUUGGUACGUUCGAUUUUAGUAGCUAAAAGGUUUAUGGAAAUGAAUCUUAGAUUUAACGAAUUUUGGCUUAAAAUUGACCAAAAGUUGGGUGGUCCAUCCUAG